GGUUCUGAUGGCUCAAGGAAUGGCUUCCCUGCCAUGCGCGAGUUUGUUGAGCGAGAGGUGGAGAAACUGAAUGUGGGAGACAACAAGGACCGUGUCUCUGUGGUGCAGUACAGCCGAGACGCGGAGGUCCAUUUCUAUCUGAACACAUACAACACAAAAGAGGAUGUUGUUGAUUCCAUCAGAGGGCUCAGACACAGAGGAGGAAGACCCCUGAACACCGGGGCCGCCCUCCAGUAUGUCAGGGACAACGUCUUUACUAACUCCUCAGGGAGCAGGCGUACGCAAGGUGUUCCACAAAUGUUGAUCCUGCUGACCGGGGGACGGUCCUCUGACAAUGUCGACAGCCCAGCCUCUGCCCUCAAGCAGCAGGGCAUCUUUGUCACGGGCAUUGGCACCAGGGGCUCUGACAGUGGAGAGCUGCAGAAGAUAUCGUAUGAACCGGAGUAUGCUCUGUCAGUGUCGGACUUCAACGACCUCCCCAGUGUCCAGGAACAGCUGUCCACUGUCUUGAGCAAAGUUGUAGUGAGGGCCACGCCCUUGACACCAACGGUGACCGUGGUGAGAGGAGCACCAGGAAGGGAUGUUGUGUUCUUGCUGGAUGGCUCUGACGGUACUAGAACUGGAUUCCCAGCUAUGCGAGACUUUGUUGAAAGAGUAGUGCAGACACUCAGUGUGGAUGACAACAAAGACCGCGUGUCAGUGGUUCAGUACAGCAGAGACCCAGCUGUCCAGUUCUACCUGAACACGUAUCCAACAAAGAGCCAGAUCCUUGACACCGUCAGAGGUUUGAGGCACAAAGGCGGACGACCGCUCAACACUGGAGCCGCUCUGCAGUACUUGAGGGAUAACGUCUUCACGGCCUCUGCUGGAAGCAGGCGCCUGGACGGCGUUCCACAGCUCCUGAUUCUGCUGAAUGGCGGCAGGUCGUUUGACAGUGUGGAUGCGCCAGCCUCUGCCCUCAAACAGUUGGGCGUGUCCACCUUUGCAAUCGGAACCAGGGGCUCUGAUAGCAGAGAACUGCAGAGGAUAUCUCAGGACCCAAGUCGUGCUCUGGCUGUGUCUGACUUUACUGACCUCCCCGAUGUCCAACAGCAACUGCAGACUUUGGUGGAGUCUGUGGCAACGGACGUCCUCCCAGGAGCACCAACUGCACCUGCUGACACUGCCAAAAGGGACAUUGUAUUCCUCUGGAUGGUUCUGAUGGCUCAAGGAAUGGCUUCCCUGCCAUGCGCGAGUUUGUUGAGCGAGAGGUGGAGAAACUGA